AUAGGCACUGCGCUUGCGCGAGGGGGGACAGUAAUGCGCGAGCGUGGAGCUCUCUGCGGGACUGUGCUUGGAAUACGCAUGCGCAAGAGGCGGAAUGGGUCUGUGUCGGGACUGUUCUCGCGGGAGAACCUCUGCGCGCCUUUGGCGGAAUCGUAUAUUGGUGAGAAGCUCUGCGGGGGUGUGCGCUAGGUAUGCAUUUGCGCAGUGCGGGCAGGAAUGACAUACCCGCACGUGACAUGGGAGGUGCUUCAGCUAUGGCGGCUCCGGAAGUACGCGGGCAAGAGGACAGUGACAAAAGUAACAUGCAAAUUGGAAAGAAAACAAAAAAAGAGGGGAAAGAAUUAGUGACAGAGACAAGAGAAUAUUUUGGUCUACAGAUUGAAGGUACUGAGACCAUAGCAGAAAACACACUCCAGUGCAAAGAAGAUGCAGCUGCUGUGUCAGAAGUGGCUUCUAGAUGUCUCAAAAAUGUUCCAGAUGGAUGGGAGAAGAUCACAAAGCAACGACAGUCAGGCAAAACUGCAGGGAAAUAUGAUGUUUAUUUCAUCAGUCCUCAAGGAGCAAAGUUAAGAUCCAAAUGUGCACUUGUGGCAUAUUUUAGUAAAAAUGGAGAAACUGUUCUUAAACCAGAAGAUUUUGACUUUACUGCUCCUGUUCAGAGCAAAACUCGAUCAAGAGCCAAAGGAUUCGGUGCAGAAACUGUGGGACUAAGAUUACAGAAUAAAGAAUGUAACAGUAAAGCACAAGAUCUUAGCGUGCAAAGUAGUAAAGAAGAACUUAAAGUUGUGGAGUUGCAGACCAGUAAUGAACAGCUGGAAAACAUUUCCAUCCAUCUGCAGGGCAGGGAGGACUUGGUCAUUAAAGACAUUAAGCCAAAGGACUGUUGCAUAAAGGCCAAAGAAAAAGGAGCAGUUGGAAGAAGGGCUCAAAUUAAGAAAGCUAGAAAGGGCUCAGAAAAGAGGAAUUCAGAUCACAGCCAAAAUAAAAGGCAGAGAAAAGCAUCAUGUAAUAAACAAGAGGCUGAGGGCAGCCAAAUCAAAAAAUUCCGGCGAAAGAAAGAUGUUUGUGUUUCUGAUAGAGGCAGAAUAGACAAUCAAAACUUAAACCCCACAGAUACUGGAAAAGCAAACACACUCUCAAAGGAUGAAAUAAUGACUUCAGAAUCACAAUCAGAGAUGCAUCUUGGACCAGUAACUGCUGUCUCAGAAACGGAGUCAAGAACCAUGGGAGAGUUAGGAUGUGCCGAGAAGAGUUCUGAUGAUGUAGCUGCUAUGAAAUCUGACAAGAAUAUUGCAGAAAGACAAGGAUCGAGUGCAUUUGCGAAUGAGAAGGAUUGGGUAAAUUCGGGUAACCAGGAUUUCAAACCUGGCACUGAAACAGACAUUAGCAUUUCACAACCUUGUGACAAGAAAAGCUUUACAUCAGUGAAAAUGCUGCAAGAAGAUUAUAUCCCAAGAACACAAGUAGAGAGAAGGAAAACCAGUCCAUAUUUUUCUAGUAAAUACAGUAAAGAAGCUCCAAGCCCACCAAGAAGGAAGGCCUUCAGGAAAUGGACUCCUCCUCGGUCUCCAUUUAAUUUGGUCCAGGAAACGCUCUUUCAUGAUCCAUGGAAGCUCCUCAUUGCAACCAUAUUUCUCAAUAAGACCUCAGGUAAGAUGGCAAUACCUGUGCUCUGGGAGUUUCUGGAGAAAUAUCCUUCCCCUGAGGUAGCAAGAACUGCAGACUGGAAAGAAAUGUCAGAGUUGCUUAAACCUCUUGGCCUCUACGAACUCAGAGCGAAGACCAUUAUCAAAUUUUCAGAUGAGUAUCUGACCAAGCAAUGGAGGUAUCCUAUUGAGCUUCAUGGGAUUGGAAAGUAUGGCAAUGAUUCAUACAGAAUCUUCUGUGUCAAUGAAUGGAAGGAGGUACAUCCACAAGAUCACAAGUUAAAUACAUACCAAGCAUGGCUCUGGGAAAACCAUGAAAAAAUGAGUCUUAAUUGAAAAAUGUAGAUAUGUUUUUAUAUAACUUCACUUUUUGGUACUUAACACCUUGCUCUUGGCUAUAUGUACACAUGAAAUGGAAACAUCCUAUAUUCUCUUUACACAUUUUUAGUUCAGAUCAUUGAGUGCUUAAUUCCAAUAUUUGAUUGUGUUUAACAUGUUUUCAGACCCACAUAAUCAUUGUAAUUAAAAGCUGAUAAACAUUGAUAUUUUAAAAUAAAUUUUGAUAAGUUUUUUAUUUA